UACUCAUUAAUGUAGCAAGCACAUGCUUCUGAUUUUCUCUGUUCCGCUGCCAGAGCGUGUAUUUUUCUAUUUUUGUUUUACCAAAUUCUGUAUUAGAAAACAUACAUUAUCCGGAGAAGAAAGAGAAUUUGAAUAAAAACAUUAUCUGUUGAUUUUGCAACCCAGGUGUCAUUGAAUUAUGAAGUUCUGAGGAUGUUGCAGAAAAAACAAAAUGCAGUUGAACUGAGUUUUGGGGGAAAUGGAGGGAAAAGAUUAACAGCAGUAGGUGUAGUGAUGGCACUGGCAUUGUUAGUGAUGUUAACUCUGUCCACUGGCUGAGUUUAUUCUAUCAAUAUUAUGGGGUUAAGAACGGGAAUGUUUAUUACUACUCUAAAAUUUCUUUGAUUGCUCUGUAAUCCCCAGUGUGUAAAAUCUGGGUAUGAAAUGGAGAAAUUCAACCCCACAUUGUCCAGGUGACAUUGAGGGCACACCUUCCCGAGGUGGAGAGGAUGAUUUCCUCUGGGCACUGUGAACACUCAUGUUUUCAUCUGCAGUUGUUUGGUGGUGGAGCUACAAAAUUAAUUUUUCAGCUGUUUAUUGUGAGUAUAAUAUCUGUGUGCCUGAGAGAAAAACACUUACUUCUCCUGUAGUAGCAGGGUGCAUUUGGGCUGGAACUCACAAAAUGGUUUUCAGUGUGAGUAGCAUGUCCUUGAAGCUAUAUUUAGUAAAACUAAAAGAAAUAGAGCACUGCUACAGCCCUGAAGUCUGUGGCUGCUUCUGCCAACCUCCUUCCCAUGCCUGCUGCUUUCGUGGGGUUUGCUAGAACACUAAAAAUCCAUUUUGAGGAAAUGAUUGGGCUGGCAUGAGGUUUGGAGAACCUGUAAUUAACACUUCUACUCUCAUAUUAUUUCUAGGCCCUUAUGUGACUUUUAAAUAUAGAGAGAAACAGACUGUCAGUCCUGCUUUAUAAUUAAUUUUAAUUAGCUGUUUCUAUUCUGGGAGAUUCUGCAUAAAGCAGUGUCACCUACCAUGGGGUUUUCUAAGGCUUUGCUUACCAGGCCCAGGUGAAAUGGUAGUACCUGUGCUUAGCAAUUCCCUUGGUUUGCAGCGGGGUCUAUCCACAUGGCAGCAUCCCAGUCCUGUGCUAUGAAUUCUGUGGGUUCUGGGAAGCUCAGCCUUUGACUCGUAGUCGUGCCUGUGUUGGUGUGGAGGCUGCUGGAGUAACAGAAACCAGGGCUGUCAGUCACAGCAGCUUUGGGCUGUGGUGUUCCACUUAAUCUUUUAUGUAACCUGCAAGGGAUUACUGACUUCUCACUUCCCGUAAUACAAGAUUUUAAACUGCUUUUUCAAUUGAAAAACAAAUGGAAAAACAGUAAAAACAAAUCCUUGAUCUGCAUAUUUUUCUCUUGGCUUGAUUUGGCUGUUUUUGAAGCAAACAAAUAUUCAGAGUUGUGGUCGCUCUUUGUAAACACAGACUGGACAAAAACUGCCUCAGAUUCUCACAGCUGGAAACUGCUUUUCCAUCACUGUGGUCCAAGUAGCUCCAUUUCCCAAACACAAGGUCAUUCAUUCACCAGUGUGUUCUGAAGAAGCUUGUGUUUGACAGAACAUUUGGGAAAGCCCUCUUGCAGAUGAAAGGUAAUUUAGGACACUGACUUCUUAAACCUCCUACAUUUAUGAUUUCUGCGAUGGACAGAGAUUAUAAGGACCUGUACUUGCUCCAAUUCCAUUUCAUAUACACAUCUUUUAGUAGCACUAACAGCAAACUUUCUAUUCUGUUCAUAGUGGUGAAGAAGGCUCUUAUUUUCCUGUGAUGAACUGACAUGUAUAUGGAAAUGGCUCUCUCACCUAGAAUAGUUAGUUCUGAGCUGCAGACCUUCAAUACUGCUGCACCUUGCAGAGAUGUUCAGGACCUGACUAAUGGGGUUGCCAUGGCACAAGUGCUUCACCAGAUAGACGUUGCUUGGUUUGAUGCCUCUUGGCUAAAUCGCAUUAAAGAUGAUGUUGGUGACAACUGGAGAAUAAAGUCCAGUAAUCUGAAGAAGAUACUGCAAGGAAUUAUGGACUACUACCAUGAGUUCUUGGGUCAGCAGAUUUCAGAAGAGCUUAUUCCAGAUUUAAACCAGAUAUCUGAGAACUCAGAUCCCACUGAACUGGGCAGGCUUCUGCAGCUUAUUUUAGGAUGUGCAGUCAACUGUGAGAGGAAACAAGAACACAUACAAAAUAUCAUGACCCUUGAAGAGUCUGUUCAGCAUGUUGUCAUGACAGCCAUUCAAGAGCUCAUGAGCAAGGAAGUAACGAGUCCUUCCACCUGUGAUGCAUCAAGUGAAGUGGAACAGCAGCUUAAAAGAGCCUUGGAGGAUCUUCAGGAAGCAUUAGCAGAAAAAGAAGAGUUGGCACAAAGAUGUCAAGAGCUUGAUUUGCAGGUCUCAGUCUUCCUUGAUAUUUUCCAAGAGUAUAAGAAAGCUGCUCUCCAGGAUGAAAAAAACAGCUUGAUGUCAGAAAAUGAGAUUAUGAAUGACAGACUAGAGCAAUUAGACGACUCUCUUGAUGAUCCAAAUACUGUGGUUGCAAAAAAGUAUUUUAAUGCACAGUUGCAGCUGGAGCAAUUGCAAGAAGAAAAUUUCAGGCUUGAAGCUGCAAAAGAUGAUUAUCGUGUCCAUUGUGAAGAUCUAGAAAAACAACUGAUUGAACUGCAACAUAGAAACAAUGAACUGACCUCUCUGGCAGAAGAAUCUAGAGCCUUGAAAGAUGAAAAUGAUAUUCUUAGGGCUACUGCAGACAAGGCAAGCAAGCUGGAAUCAACUGUGGAAGUGUAUCGGAAGAAGCUGCAGGAUCUGAAUGACUUCCGCAGACAGGUCAAGUCGCUGCAGGAGACCAACAUGAUGUACAUGCACAACACAGUCAGCCUGGAGGAUGAGCUGAAGAAAGCCAAUGCAGCACGAGCCCAGCUGGAGACCUACAAACGACAGGUCCAAGAGCUUCAUAACAAACUGUCUGAAGAAUCCAAAAGAGCUGAUAAACUGGCAUUUGAAAUGAAGAGGCUUGAAGAAAAACAUGAGGCUUUAAUCAAAGAAAAAGAGAGACUGAUAGUGCAGUGUGAUGCAUUAAAAGAAACAAAUGAAGAGCUCCGGUGUUCACAGAUGCAGCAGGAUCACCUGAGUCAAACAGGUGGCUCUCGUGUUAAAAGCCAUGAGAAUCUUGCUGCUGAAAUUCUGCCAGUGGAAUACAGAGAAAUGUUUAUUCGGCUGCAGCAUGAAAAUAAGAUGCUCCUGUUGAAACAGGAAGGGUCAGAAAAUGAGCGUAUUGCAGAGCUCCAGGAACAGCUGGAGCAGAAGCACCGGACAGUGAACGAACUGGAAACUGAGAAAAGGCUGAAUGAAGAGCGUAUUGGGGGAUUACAGCAGCAGAUUGAAGAUCUGCAAAAGACUUUGCAGGAGCAGGGAUCCAAGACUGAAGGAUCCAGCAACCUGAAGCAGAAGUUGGCAGCACACAUGGAAAAGCUGAACGAAGUUCAUGAUGAGUUACAGAAGAAAGAGGCUGAUCUUGCAGAGCUCCAGCCUGAUGACAGUCAGAACCCCCAGAAGAUUGGAGAGCUGGAAGCAGCUUUACGAAAAAAAGAUGAGGAUAUGAAAGCAAUGGAAGAAAGAUAUAAAAUGUACCUUGAGAAAGCAAGAAAUGUGAUAAAAACCUUAGACCCCAAGCUAAAUCCAGCAUCAGCAGAAAUUAUGUUGCUCAGAAAACAGAUACUGGAGAAAGACAAAAAAAUUGAAGCACUAGAGAAUGAAUACAAACUGGCUAAGCUACGUGAUUAUGAGGAAAAGCUAAUUGUAACUGCGUGGUAUAACAAGAGCCUGACUCUGCAGAAGCUGGGUAUGGAAGCAAGGCUGGUUGGCAGCAGUGGUGCCUGCAAAGAUGGGCCUGGACGCUCCUUCCUGGCUCAGCAACGUCACGUCACCACCAGCAGGAGGAAUCUCACUGUUAAAGUACCAGGGGCAACAUCUGAUUAAACCACAAGGACCAUGAGGAAAACUUACCUGCUAAAGUGUCCUUAAAUGUUUUAUAGCUUCCACUUUACUUGAGGAAAGAGGAGGUUAGAACUGGGCAGCUGCAAAUUCAACAUCAGAACUCUCAAGGAGUGAUUGAUUUGAUCAGUGGUGUGUGUAGAAGGUAGCACGUAGUUUUCCAAGUAGAUUAGAUAACUGCAGUACCUAUUUACAAGCACAACGUAAAAGAUUUAUAUUUGCCUUCAGAUUAUAUUGUAAAUAUGAAAUUUGGCACUAUAUAUUUAAAAUUUUAUUUAAUGGGUUUGGGCUAGAAAGUUGACUUUUAUAAUGGGAAGAUGUUAUGCAAAAAUUUACUUCAGGAAACUGGCAAUAUUGGGCAUUUUUGCUGGGCUCUUCUAAAAAUAGAUUUAAAAGAUUGGUACCAUGUUUUAAAAUAAUACAGGUUUUUUUAGAACAGAAAGUACAGUUUUAAAUGCAAGAAAAUACUUGCAUUUAUAGAAAAAGAAAAUAAAGGUAUAGUACCAGUACAGAAGACAGGAUUUGUUUCGUAAGAAGCAGAAUUACUCAGUUUAGUAAAAAAAAAAAGCUUAAGUUUGUGCAUAUACACACUAAAGAAAACCUGUCUUUAAGAUGCUGAAUUCACUUAAGCCAAAAAAGCUUGUCUUUUCCUGUGUAAGAGAAAGCUAUAAUAAUAAUUCAAAAGUCUGGGCUGUAUUUUAAAGUCUGGCAUAUUCAUAUGCUGCAUUUAUUUGCAGAAGGGGAAUUAGGUGGGAAGGAGCCCCAUUUAUUUCAACCUAUUUAUACAACCCUGUGCAUGGAAAUUAAUUUUUCUUUUUUAAAUGUAGUUUUCACUUCAGUUAUUCUCAACUGAGUACUAGGCAGAGAAAUGAAAGAUGGCUUUGACAGUUGUUGGCAGUGAGAGAAGUGCAUAAACUAUAAUAGUGUAAUAGAAGAUGAAAAAGGGAUUGAUAUCUGAAAUUUGUGUGCAGGAAGUUGCUGUCUUUCACAGAAUUUGUCACUUUAUUUUCCAAAUGUCUUGUUGUUUUGAAUUGUAUUUUUAGGAAACCUGUCAAUGUCUGUUCUUCUUUGCAGACUGUCUAGAACAAAUUCAUUAUGCCAGUAGUUAAAUGAAAUAAAAUUGCAGCAGCCUGUAAAAUAAAAUGAAUACACUUAAACUAAGUAUUUGAGGAUGGUGUACUAGAGCAUCAUCUAAUACAAAACCACAUUUGUGAAUGAAAACACACGUCUCACCAUAUUUGAUUUGAGAGCAGAAUUCAGCUUUGCAGAAUUUAAGUCUUGAAUUAUGAAAUUUGGGUAGUCUUUCAUUUUACAUGCCUCUCACUAUGGCUUGUCAUUUGAUUUCUUCCUUCCCCAACAUCUUAAAUUCUUUAUUGGGCAUUGCAUGCAAUGCCAGGGAAAAGGCAAGUAUUAAUUUCUAAUACUUAAGGUUGCUUCUUAGUUGUGGUGGUUGUUUUACAGUGCUGUACAUUUAGGCAUCCAACAGAUUUCCUCCUUCAAAAAGCACUGUUUAAAAGCCAGUCUCAUGCUACAUAUGUUGUGAGAGCAGAGAACGUGCCAGACAAGUGGCUGUUGGAGAGUUUUGUCUGUCUGGUGCUGUUCUUUGGGACUCUAUGCUUGGACUACCUCUUGGGUUUUGAGGUCUUUUAUUGCUGCAGUGAUAUUAGUGGAGUUUGUGUUUUUAAGAUACAGUUGCUUGUUCACUCUGCUGGUAGUGUGGGAGAUGGUGGUGAGCAGUGGAGCAGGAGAUUCAGUCUUAGCAAGAUGCUUACAUUCCUAAAGCCUGGUCUGUGGUGUGGUGUAGUGAAAUGUGAAGCUGUCACUGAUGGUGUUGAGUGGGUCUCUUAACCCUCGUUCUUUGCAGCAUGGAAACUUUCAUGGACGUCCCUCAAAUAUUCAUCUAGUUUGUAGGCUUGAUGCAUUUGUUGUACUUCUCACAGUAGUAGAGCUGUGUCAGUCAGUGUCUGUCAGGUGCUGAAUAGUGACAAACUUGGAGCAAAUGUCUUUGACUUGCACUUCUCAAAACUGCAGACCCUGGGACCAAAAAUAAGCAAGAACCUCCUUAUCAUUUAAUUGGAAGUUUGUCUUCUAACUAGUGAUGGAAGGAUUUCAAUCCCAAACUACAGGCAGGGAUCAGCCUUUUUCAGGGCACACUUGUCCCCAUAGUCUCGUUGGGGUUGCCAAAAAUUAAUCAGGUUUUCAGAUAUUGAAUAAAAUGUUGCUUAUUUGGGACUUUUCCAAACUGUUAGAAGUUAAGCCUGUGAAUAUAACUUAAGGGUUUCUUUGGGAUUGAGAACCUGUUUAAGAGCAGCUGUUCUACAGCUGGUAAAACUUGGGUUAUGUCGUAUGAAUGAGGAACUGAUCUUUAGAAAUAAAUACUGGAUUAUAAGCCAUGGUGGUGUGUUCACUUCAGCUCCUCUGGCUGUGCAGGAAGGACCAUUAGAUGAGUAUAAUUUUAAUGUUUGCUUCAUUCAUGUCAAACAAAAAAGCUACUAAUGCCAUUGCUGUUUUACAGCCGAGUUGUAUCCAACAUGUAGCAGCAGAGCUCUGUCAAUACAUGUCCUUUUAUGCACCACUGCUGAGGCAGGACAAAGAAAGAGACCACUGUCUCUGCUGCAAGAUGAAUUCAUACCAUCCCAUCAGCACAGUUAGGAACACAUCCAAAUAUGAGGUUAAAUCACUAAAUACUGGUGAAGUUAAACAGGAUUAUUAGUAAUUUAGCCAGUUUCCAGUAAAACGGGUAAUACAGAUCCAAAGAAACAACAAAUAUGUUCUGAUUGACAUAUCAUUCGUUAAUUAUUUUUUAUAUAAGAUUACUAUGGAAGAGAAGUUUUAUAGCAAUAAUACAAAUUCUGGACUAGUGAGUUCUUUUACUCAAGAUGGGUCAGGCAGCAGUUUUGAGAAGAUUCUUUUGCAACAACUUUAUUAUAGUGGAUUAAGAAACAUUCACUGAAAAAAAUUUUCACCUGAUUUUUUGGUUCAUUAAAAAUAUAUAUAUAUGGGUAUUUUAUUUUAUAUGAUAUACACUUACUUGGAAAUAAGUAAUAUAAGCAAUACUGAUGUUCUAUUUAGGUAGCCAUAAAUAGAUUAGAAAUUAGAAAAUAAAAACAAUUGUUUAAGAGUUGGUUAUGUCUAGUACAGUAAUUUUCUUACAUGUUUCUUUUUUUCCUUCCCCUAAUGCUAGACUUAAAGUUUUCGGUGUAUCGGUGUCUACAUCUUCUGUUUAAAACAAAUGUAAACACUGUGUUGCAUAGAACUUGAAAAUUGCACUAAUUUUUAAACUUUUGUUUUUAUUUUUUUCUUUGGAAAGAGUUCUUUUAUAUUCACAUAAAGAUUUUUAAAAUUAA